AUGGAAGGAAGUUCAAGUCAGAGUGGAAGUUCUUUUACCAAUACUGCUCCUGGAAACUUAGAAAAUAAUAACUCUCUUUCGUAUAAGACGAUUUUGUGUGAAAAUAUAUCCAACAAUCGUAUCCUUCUUAAAUUAGAAGAAGAUGGAUUCAUCACGCCUGAUGAAAAGGCAAAAGAACUUAUUAAGGAACUAUCCGAAAUAAAGUAUUUAUAUGCUUUGAAGGUGCUUUUUGAAAACUUACAAAGUGAGUUUUCAUCUCAAGUUUUAGCAAAUUCAUUAGAAGCUUUAGUUGAUACUCCUUUUAAUCAUUAUUCAAAAGAGAGUGUUGCUAGAUUAGAAUUACAUUUAAGAACUUUGGUUACCGUCUUAGAACGGAUAUGUUUUUCACCAAUAGUACUUGGUAAAGAACUUCGAGAUAAAGUUUAUAAUUCUUUGGCAAAAUUUGCAGAAAUUCAUCGUAAAACAACUCAAGUUAUCGAAAUAGGACUUGAUAAUAAUUUUAGACGAAAUUUCAAUCAAUUCAAUCAACAAAGUAAUAAUCAAGAUAAACAAAUUAUUAAAAAGCGUAAUUAUAAUAUUGAUUUUUUAUUAAUUCAUUUGCGAGAUUCUCUUCAUAGUUUACGUGAUGAUGAAACUUGGUUUCAAGAAAUUAUACGAAGAACUAAAGAUUUUCUUAAAGCUGCAUUAAAUAUUACACCAGGAAUUUUAUCAAUAGCAGGAGUUUCUCUUCCAAAUGAUAAUUGUUCAAUCUUAUCACUUCUUACUCAAGUGCGUCAAAGUUUAAGUUUUAAAUAUCCAGUAGCAUCUUAUUAUAUAGAUUGGAGAAUUAUAUUAAUAAUUCAAAAUAAUCUUUUCAUUUGGUCUGAAAGUUCUGAAAAGAUUAUUAGUAAAAAAUUUAGUGAAUUGGUAUUAAUGGAAUAUAUCUGGAGCUUUUUGGAAAGAGAAUGGGUUAAUGCUGCAGACAAAUCUAUUUUAGGUUCUCAAACAAAAUUUGAAGAAGUAUCAAAUAAAGUCACUAAAGCUUUGAAAAAUGCUGGAGGUUUAUUAAAUGAUCUUGCUGGAAAUGAACCUAUUGCAUUACCACAUACUUUAUGGUUUGGAAUAUUAGAUCUUGCACAAAAUCUUAUCCAAAGAUCAUCCCGAAAAGCAACAUAUGGUCUUUGUUAUUAUUUAGCAAUUGAAUCACUUAAUAAAGCACCAAGUAGUUUUAUUCAGUUUAAAUCUAUUGAAUUAUUAUUACAUUUAUAUAAUAUUGAUAAUAAAAUGUUUUCAAUGAUUGAAAUUGAUUUUGAUCAAUACACACAAAAAUUAAGUGAAAAUAAUUUGGAAGAUUCUUUAGAAAAAUUUCGAAAUUUAUUAACUUUUGUCAAAGAGAAAUAUCAUGAAGAUUUAAAAAUUUUAAGUAAUAAUAUUGGAAAAGGAAAAGAGGGAAAAGGAAAAAGUUUAAAUCUAAAUUCAUAUUUAAAGAAAGAACAAACAUCAAAUUCUAACAUUUUAAAUGUUAUAGCAGAUGAAAUUACUUGUCCAAUUAGUAGUGAACCAACUGAUCAAUUAUGUAUUUUAAAGUGCCAACAUAUGUUAGCAUUAAGUAAUUUAAAAAGAUUAAAACAAAAAAUAUGUCCUAAUUGUCGGGAAAAAAUUGAAGAUAAUGAUAUUAGAUAUUUACCACAAAAUUCAAUUUAUAAAAAUUUAUAUACAAAAUUUUUUGAAUCUGGAUAUAUUUUACCCUCAAUUGAAUUAGAAAAUUCCGAUGACAGUGAUGAUUCAGAUAAUUCAGAAGUUGAACUUAUAUUAACUAAAAAAAAGAAAUUUAUGAAUUCAAUUAUUAAAUUAAAUUCGAAUAUAUCAUCAUCAUUACUUUCAAGAAUUACAAAAAAACAACAUCCAACAUAUCAAAAUAUUAUAAAAGAAAUAAAUGAAAAAAAUUAUGAAAAAGCUGAAUCUUUAUGUAAAGAAUUUUUAAAUUUUUUUCCUAAAAGUUAUUCUUCAAGAUGUAUUUUAGCUUAUAUUUAUAGGGGUCUCGACAAUUAUAAACAAGCACACUUAUACUUAGAAGAAGCUAUUGAUUUAAAUCCCAAAAAACCAGUUGCUCAUUUUAUUCAUGGAGAAAUAUAUUUUAGACAAAAUAAAUAUGAAGAAGCAAUAGAUGUUUUAAAAAAGUUAUUAGAAUAUAAAGUAAAAUUAAAUAAUUUAUAUAUAAUACUUGGAAAUAGUCACUUAUUACGUAAUUAUGGUAAUUAUGAUUACAUGAAAGCUGCAGAAUAUUAUAAUAUUUCAUUAAAAAAUGAUUCAAACAGUUAUUUAUGCCUUAAAAAUUAUACAUACAGUUAUGAAAAACAAGGAUUUUAUUUAAAUGCUCUAAUGAUAUUAGGCAAGUUGUUAGAUAUUAGCAAGAAGGAUUCUUUGGUUUUAUGUUAUUAUGGAGAAAUCUUAUAUAAUAUGAAACAAUAUAGUAAAGCUAUACUAUACUUUACAGAAGCAAAUAUUAUAGAUCCAGAAAAUAUUCAUAAUUUGAAUAAGAGAGCUAUUGCAAACUAUGCUAUUCAGGAAUAUGAUAAAGUUAUAUUAGAUCUUGAUAAAAUUAUACAAUUAGAUCCAUUAAAUAGUUCAGCAUAUUAUCUUAAAGGUCUAACAUACUAUACAAAGAAUGACAUCAAUAAUGUCACAAUAUUAUUUGAAAAGUAUGCAGAAUUAUUUAAAUUACCGAGUUCUCAAAGUAAUAGUUUAGAAAAAUUCCAAUUAUUUCAUCUAGAAUAUUUACUAAAUGAAAAUAGUUCUAAAGAUUUAAAUAAUAUAUUAACAAAAAUCAAUCAAAUCCCUAAUAUUAGCAAAAAUAAAUUAUUGCUUUUAAUUAGAUGUAAAAUAUAUAUUGAAUUAAAUAAGUAUUAUGAAGCUAAAGUAGAUUUGGAUAUGCUAUAUAUAUUAAGUGAUAAAUACAACGAUUAUUACCAUAGAGAAUUUUCAUAUAUUCAUUUAUUACAAAAGUAUUCGGAUUUUUGGUCAUAUUUAUAUAAAGUUUGUAAAAUUGACGAAUGUGAUUUUACCAAACUUGGAAUUACUAACAAAUUUAGUAAAUACAUGUAUAAAAAAAAACACGUAUAUUUUAUUUCAAAUCUUACAAAUUUAAAUAGUGAACUUUGUCAAUUCCAAGAAAGUGAUAUAAGCAGUUUAUUAGGGCUGGUAUUGUAUUCUAAAAAUGGAAAACUUCGUUUAGAUUUGCCUAGACAUUAUAGAUAUUAUAAUUAUUAUCUUAUUUGUAAAAUAAAUGUUAAAAAAAUAUUAUCUAAAGAUUGCUUUAUAAAAUUUAUAUAUAAUAAUAAUGAAUAUAAUCAAAGUGAGCAUAUGUUAAAACAUGAAGAUGUGUCAAAACUUGAGGGAUUAGGUUGGAUAGAAUAUCAGAAUUUAACAUACUCAUAUGGUACUCAACUUUCAAUUGAAAUAAAUUCUAUUGAAAUGCAAAUAGAUUAUGUUCGAUUUGGAUAUAGUCCUAACAAAAUAACUUCCAUUCCUAACAUGAGUUUGAUGGGUUAUUUGUUACCAUAUUAUCACCAAUUUUUCUCAAAUGUUCCAGAAAUUUUCAAAGACAAGUAUUUUUCAAGAAAAGAAAUGGAAAAUUUACUUGAUUUAAAUGAUAUCCUUAGCAACUUAUAA